AUGUCGUCGGUGGUGGCCUCCCUUGGCCUGCGGACUGGGAAUGUGACUAGGGCGAGGAUACUGGCUGUUCCCCUCGUCCGACCUAAACUCCCGUCUCCCUCCACUUCCUCCUCAUCUCCUUCAAAUUCCCAUCCCCAGUCUGAACAUAACCGGAAUGUCCUCACCUACUAUCAAUUCCAACUAUCCAAUUCCGAAGACGGUGCAAGACCGGAAGAUGGCGCCCUUGAGUUGAAAGAUGGGAAGAGGAAGAAGAGGAAGGGCUGGAUACCGAGAGGCGGGGUGUCGUCGUGGUUGCAGGCGAAAGCUGCGGAGUUGUGGGCUGGGUUUGGGAGGGCUGAGGGUGGAUGGAAGCUCAAGACGUUCCAAAUGGGCGAACGUAUUAUGGACAGACUGGAUUUUGAAGAACUGGCGUUGAAGAGUAUAGACCCGUCGAUGGGUCCUACGGUCUCCCAUCCGAGGUCGAAUUUCAUGCAGAGAGGAGAGAAGGGGUUGGUUUCAUUCCAGAUACCCCUCCUCUACCCGCCCUCAAUAACGCCACCCGAAAACGCGCUUGAGCAGUUACGCAAGGACGUUGAACACCGGACGCCUAUACACCGCAAGGGGUUCUAUACCUGGAUGUUCCUCGCGCCUUUGACUACGCCUUUUAUUAUCGUUCCUGUGAUACCUAAUUUACCGUUCUUCUUUUGUGUGUGGAGGAGUUGGUCGCAUUAUAGAGCUUAUAGAUCCUCGCAAUACCUCCAAUCCCUCCUAGACAAAGACCUGAUCGUGCCACAAGCGAGUCAAGUACUGGAUAAACUCUACGAGGAGUACCAUCCCUCAAAAUCGCCCUUUGCUUCGGAAUCAUCCAAGGAGGCGCAGCAACCUGCUAGGAUCUCGAAUGGGUCUGCUACGUCAUCGAGAAAUGGAAACGGAGAGGGAGAGGGAGGAUACGAGAUGUUGUUGGCGAAGGAGGCGGUACCGGAGUUGGUGAGGAGGUUCGAGUUGAGGCCGGAUCCGAGUGGGGACCUUUAUAGGGCGCUGGAGCAGGCGAGGAUGAGGAUGGAGAAGGGAAAGAUUUAG